AUGAUAAUAUCAAAUGAUAAAGCAACGAUAUCUAAUGAUAAAGCAGCGAUAUCAAAUGAUAAAGCAACGAUAUCAGAUGAUAAAGCAACGAUAUCAAAUGAUAAGGCAACAAUAUUAAAUGAUAAAACAACGAUAUCAAAUGAUAAAGCAACAAUAUUAAAUGAUAAAGCAACAAUAUUAAAUGAUAAAGCAACGAUAUCUAAUGAUAAAGCAACGAUAUCUAAUGAUAAAGCAACGAUAUCAAAUGAUAAAGCAACGAUAUCAAAUGAUUAA